AUGUCCCUGGAAGUGCCGUUAUACUGCGGGCUUGGCUUCGAGCCCACGAUUCCUAUCUAUCCUUUUGAGACUGCGCCGGAGUUGCCGCCUUUCCCGUUGAGGGAGCCACAUUUUUUAUCCGCGCCGCCACCUCCUGCCGCCGGGCCUGCUGGCCUUGUGCGUCUCUUUGUCUAUGCGCUGACCAGGGCAGCGAAUACCCUCGUUGGCAAUGUCUCGCCUCUUGUCCCCUUCCUCGAUAAUGUCAUUUUCAGAUUUGGCUUCCCGGAGUCUGCAUGGAUUCUACUUCUCAUCUCGCACAUAGCACCAGCGGAAGAGGAAGACGACGAACAGGUCGAUUAUUCCACUCCUCCAUCCUCGCUGCGGCUUAAGGCCGUCGAGCAAGGCAUGCAGUCAUCGCAGCAAACAGCACCAUUGGAAGAUCAACAAGAAGAAGAAGAAGAAGAAGAAGAAGAAGAAGAAGAAGAAGAAGAAGAAGAAGAAGAAGAAGAAGAAGAAGAAGAAGAAGAGCAAGUCGAUUACUGCACUCCUCUGUGUCCGCCGCAACUUGGUCCCCUCGAAGACGAUGUCAAGAUCAACGAGCAGGACCAUCACAUUCCAGUCGCUUCAGCCACUUCAGCCGAGCCGGAGUCCGAGCCGGUUGCCGUCCUCGAAGCAGAGAUCAACCCUUAUACGUAUAAAUGGCAAGAAGAGGAUGAGAAAACCGCCGAGCUCAUGGACAAGCUCAUUGCGAUGUGCAAAGCUAGUGAUGAUGAACCCAUGGAUAUCUCCAUGCAACGGGUCCUCGAGGCUGUGCUCAUGACCAAUGCGCUCAAGGCCGAGAAGGAGACCCUUGAAGCCAGCCUCCUCGCUUCCACCACUGCCAAGGAAGACCUUCAAACUCAGGUCGAGCAGCUCCAGCAAGUUGCUCGCACCAAGUCAGACGAGAAUACAAAGCUCGAAUGCACGGUCAAAAGUCUCCAGGCGGAACUCGACGCAACAAAUGAAGACUCUGCAGAGAAAGUCACCGUCAUUGCAACGCUGAGCGGCAGCGUCGAGAAGGCGAAAGAAGAAGUCAAGCAAGUCAAGCUGGAACUGGCCUCCAAGGCUGAGGACGUGAUCAGAGCAGAGAAUAAUAUCGAAAUUCUCAGAUCUGAAUCAGCGGCUGUUUCCAAGAGGAAGAGCGAAGAGAUCGAGCGGCUAACGACCUCGAACAUCAAGUUGCAACAACAGCUGAAGCAAUGCAAGGAGUCCUUGGUGUCCAGUGAGGCUCUCAACGACAAGCUUCUUCAAGAGCAGACCUCCGCAGCCAACAAGCAAUCCGAGGAGAUCGAGCGCCUUACCACCUCCAACGCCAACUUGGAACAACAGCUCAAGGGCCCCCAAGAGUCCCUGGAGGCUAGUAAGGCCUUCAACGCCAAGUUGCUUAACGAAAAGAAGUCGCUGGCUAGGAGGCAGAAUGACGAGAUCGAACGCCUCAUUACCUCCAAUGCCGGCCUGCAACAACAGCUCUUGCGUUCUGAAGAGUCGUUGAAGUCCAGUAAGGCUUCCAUUGCUGAGCUGCUCCGAGAACAGAAGGACGGCCUCGAACUACUGGUUGCGGAGCAUCAAGACACUGACAACGCGGCCCAGCAGCGUCUACAGUUGAAGGACGAGGAGAUCCAAGAGCUCAAGAAGUCACUAGAAGAUGCUCACGGUGCACUACUCCAAGAAAGGGAGAAGUUCAGCAGCUUAACAAUCACCAAUACACUUCUGCAGAACGGUCAAAAUGUCGAGUUGUCGAAAAAAGAGGAAGUCAUUUUGCUGAAAGAGGAAGAGAUCCUCGAUCUGAAGAAGGAGCUGCAAUCAUCAGAGCAAUUCGACUUUCGAAAGAACAACCAGAAUCCCAACCGGCCGUGCUUCGGCGAGGGAGACCAGCUCGUACCCGUCCAAGAAGAGGACACUGACUGCGUCAAGGUCCUUCUUCCAAAGGAUAGGUCCGAGCUGGUCAGAAAAACCCAGAGUCUCGUCGCGAAGUUGGAGCACAAGGUGGCCCGGCUGGAAGACAAGAAGGUGAGCCUGGAAGUACGGAUCCGACCUCUCGCCAAUGAGGUCCAGACUCUGAAGCAAGAGCUGGACCAGAUGCCUCAGGUCAAGAAGGAGCGACUUGAAGACAAGAUCGGCGCUCUGAACAACGAGAAGAGAGGCUUCACGCAGCAGGCAUCCACCCUGGCCAGCAGAUACUUGGCAACGGGCAUUCCAACAAUGCCCAAGGUCGACCUUGUCAACUGGGUGGCCACGGAGGUCGUCGCCGAGUUGCUGUCUAGCAGUGGUGUUGAUCCCGCUCCCGCUCCAAACUCAACCACGGAGUCAGCUGGCAUCGAGGAGACCGAGGACAGCAAGGACGCGAGAGAGGUGCCUGCGCCAUCCUCGGAGCAACCUGUUCCCGUUCCCGAUGUCGUUUCCAGCAUCUCCAGCCCGGUUGUCGAGGCCACUGAAACCAGCGAUGCCGCUGUCGCUCCCGGACCUGUUCAACCACAGGAAACAGACUCAAACGUGGUGGGAGCGACGUCCUCAGCGCCUGGUGUCGCCGCAGCAAGUCCGCCCACAUCAGCUCUGAACACUCCGACUUCAGCUCCCCAUCGUCAAGGAGAGGUGAAGGAGGUUGGCCUCGAAGGCAGCAAGUCUGCUGGCCAAGAACAACAGGGGCGGCCGCAUGCAGGCCUCGAAGGCAGUCGAUAUGCUCCACCCCAGCAACAGCAGCAGCAGGGUCCCCAUGUUGGUCUUGAAGGCAGCAGAUUUGGUCGACAAGAACAGCGGGAGGUUGGCCUCGCUGACAGCCGAUAUGCCCGCCAGCACCAGCAGGAGCAACCCCGCAAAGGCCUUGAAGGCAGUCGGUAUGCUCCACCCCAGCAACAUGGUGUCCUCGAGGCCAGCAGACAUGCUCGCCGAUUGCAACAGCCGCAGGGUGAUGGCCUCCAAGCCAGCAGGCUCGCGCCUCAACCACAGCAGCAGCGUGGCGGUACGGUCGAAGCGACCAGCGGUGCCACCAAUGAACAGGAGCAUGGAGGCCUCGAGGCCAGCCGAUACGCCCCUCGGCCGCAGCAGCAGGUUGUCGGCCUGGAGGGCAGCAAAUUUAGCGGCGAAGAAGAGCAGCAGCGUGGUGGGCUUGAAUCUAACCGGUACGCUCCGCAGCGGCAACAGCAGCCUGCUGGCCAUGAAGCCAGCAAGGUUGCCAGGCAGCCGCAGAAGCAACCAAUUGGGCUCGAGUCAAGCAAGUACGCCCGCUAG